UCCACAGCAAUCACCACCAUGGAGACAUCGUCGUCCAGGAAGGAGAAGGCGGCGACCGAGCUCGAUAUCUAGCUGCCUCGUAAAGUGGCGGAGAUCGAGAGCAUCCUGGGGCUACACCUUUUGCAACAAAUCGCUCCUUAUGGAGGCGAUUACCCAUGGUUCCUACGCCGACCAUCCAUCCUACCAGCGCAUCGAGUUCGUCGGCGACGCUGUCCUCGGCCUUACGGUUUCUCACUACCUGUACGAAAGGUACCCAGACAUCGGCUCCGACGACCUAACCGCCCUCCGCCGCGCCAACGUUACCAAUGAGAAGCUCUCCCGCGUGGCCAUUCACCUCGGUCUCUACCGUUUCCCCCGCCACAACUCCCCUGGCCUUGAUCAAGCGGUGAGCGAUUUCAUGGAUCUAGUGACGAGGGAGGAGGAAGAAGACAAUGGAAACUCAUCUGAACCUUUUAGUCAGGUGAACGAUUUCACAGAUCUAGUGACGAGAGAGGAGGAAGAAGACGAUGGAAGGAUUUCCUUCUGCGAUAGCAUUGUAGAAGCCCGCACAAUAUUGGCUGAUAUGGUUGGGUCCAUCUCACUAGCAUUCUAUUGGGAUUCCGACCUCAAAUUAGUGGGGAAGGUAAACUAGAUUUGGCUGAUCUGAGUCACCCUUGUUUCUCCUUUAGUAUUGCUCAUUUUUAGUAAGAUUUUGAUAUCAUUCAUCAUGGAGAUCAUCGAAGAGCAUCCUGUGAAGGCUCUCAAUAUGUUCUGUCAUAAGUGAAGCAAAGCUCUGGAGUUUCUUCUCUCAGUGUGUGAUUUUUCUUACACAGUGAAUGCUAUUGUCGAUGACGUGGUUAUGGACAUUAGAACCACUAGGUAAAUGACAAUCGUAAAGCUAAAUGCUGUCUGAGAUGCGCUACCAAAGCUUUCUGGUAGGAGACUGCUAGUUUCCACGAUACUGAUCAAAAUCUCCACAUCAUCAUUGUUGAAACUAACAGCCUCCGCGCCAGAAAGUUUUGGCAGCGCAUCUCGGACAACAUUUAGUUUUGUGAUUGCCAUUUGCUUAGCGGCUCUAGUUCCCAUAACCACGUCAUCGAUAAUAACAUCCAUUGUGUACGAAGAACCGCACCUUAAGAGUAGAAGCUCUAGAACUUUGCUCCGCUUCUCACAAAGCAUGUUGAGGGCUGUCACAAGGUUCUCUUCCAUGGUCUCCAACGUGAUGAAUGGUAUUAGAAUCGUACUAAAAAUCUUCGCACAAUUCCUGAUUGUGACAGGAGCAAUACAAAAGGGGAGGCAAGACUAGGGGGAAUCAGGUAAGUCAAAUCAAGAUUACAUUCCACAUUAACUUGAUAUAGGAAUCACAGUCCUAGUAGAUCGCUGCUGUGAUGGACUCGACCAUGUUAGCCUUAGAAAUUAAAGAUAUUUGAUUUAGGUUUCUUAAUGAUGAUGUAGUUUGAAAUCUUAGUUCUAGGUCAUCUAUUAUUUGUUCAACUGGGUGGUCUG